AAUUGCUUCAAUUUUUCAUAUGCGGACUAGGAGGAUUAUUGAGACGCGUCUUUCAAUUCGAUUUUCAUCAAAAAAUGCAACGUCAGACAAAAGAAACAAGAGUUGUAGCGUGAGUUGCUGUAUUGAAAUGAUAUUAAAAUCCACACAAGCUUAAAAAUUGGCAAAAAAUACGCCGAUCCGAGUCCGGCCCUGCGAGAGCAGAUGGAACGAUAAUUGCGAAGGAUAAACUAACAUAUUUUUUGUCUUUUAAUGAUGGCAACAAAAUUCCAAUUAGGAUAAUGGAAGAGAGUUUCUGUUGUAGGGCGACUUUGUUAACAAAUUAAGCUUCUAGGUAUUCAAUUUGCGACAGGAGCGCGUAUCGACUCCCAGAGAUGUCAGCAUCCGACGAAGAAAGCUUCAAUGGAAACGCAUGCGUCCAUGGACCGAAUCACAUUUGAUAAACGGGGAUGUAACAAGGGGUUACAGCUCCAAAGUUAAGCAAUUAUUUGUCAUAAAUAUGCGAAUAACAAUCAAAUAAAUUGUGGUGAUCGGCUUCCAAAGACUCUAAAAGUUCCGAAAUCACCAACGCGGUAAACAACACCAGAUACACCGAAAAUAAAUAAACAUUAGUGUAAACAAUUAAUAUGCACAACAAACUUAUAACUAAUUUAAGGAUAGUUGAUUGUUGAAAGUGACCUAAAGUAAAGUGAAAUGAUUAAAGCCAAACUCAAAGCAAUUCUGUUUUUAUUCCAUUCAAAAUGACCCUAAAAUCAAGUGCUUGAAAUAAGAAUCAUGAUCACGAUUAUCUACAUCUUUAUUUCCAUUGAAGUGUAUUUCAGGUUUCCUCUCCUUGUCAGGUCCCAAAGAAGUAUGGUUUCAGACAGAUUGGAGAACGUAACGCAAACAAUUUCCCGUCUACUUGAGGGUUAUGACAUUCGGUUAAGACCAAAUUUCGGUGGAGAACCACUUUUAGUCGGAAUGGAUUUGACGAUUGCAAGCUUCGAUGCCAUUUCUGAAGUAAACAUGGAUUACACAAUAACGAUGUAUCUGAACCAAUAUUGGAAGGACGAAAGAUUGGCCUUCAGCAACGAGGAAGAGAUCCUCACCCUUUCGGGUGACUUUGCCGAAAAAAUCUGGGUGCCAGACACGUUCUUUGCCAACGAUAAAAACAGUUUUCUGCAUGACGUCACGGAACGGAACAAGCUGGUUAGGCUUAAUGGAGAUGGGGCGAUUACCUAUGGGAUGCGAUUCACGACGACUCUUGCGUGUAUGAUGGAUCUGCAUUAUUAUCCUCUUGAUUCGCAAAAUUGCACCGUUGAAAUUGAAAGCUAUGGUUAUACGGUGUUAGACGUAGUAAUGUAUUGGAAGGAAACCCCCGUCCGAGGGGUGGAAGAAGCGGAACUUCCCCAAUUCACAAUCAUCGGCUACGAGACGAACGACAGGAAAGAGCGUCUGGCGACAGGAAUUUAUCAGCGCUUGUCACUAUCUUUCAAACUCCAAAGAAACAUUGGAUAUUUCGUCUUUCAAACAUAUCUACCCAGUAUUCUCAUUGUGAUGCUAUCUUGGGUUUCCUUUUGGAUAAACCACGAAGCGACCAGUGCUAGAGUCGCUUUAGGCAUCACAACCGUGCUGACGAUGACAACAAUCAGCACAGGAGUCCGUAGCUCCUUACCCAGGAUAAGCUACGUCAAGGCGAUCGAUAUUUAUCUCGUAAUGUGUUUUGUGUUCGUUUUUGCGGCACUUCUUGAAUAUGCCGCCGUAAAUUACACUUAUUGGGGGGCGAGAGCUAAGAAGAAAAGUAAAAAAACGAAAGAAGAGGACAAGAAACCGGGAAACAAAUCGAACGAACAAAGCUUCUCUAAUGAAGACAUAAUCGAACUCCAGGACGUCAGAAUGAGUCCAAUUGCGUCUAUUCGAAACCGUCACAACUCCAAAACGCACGUUUGUGACCUCGACUCGUCAAAGUUUCCUCCGAGUUUUCGCAUUUCCCGGACUUCGGGUUAUACUUACAAUUACCGGACUUCGGGAGGAUUAAGGUUCAGGGGUCCGAAAGGAAACUCCGUUCACAGACCCAAAGUCCUGCACGCCAUUCGAAAAGGAGCUUUGGUUUUGAAAGCUUCCAUGCCUAAAAUUAAGGACGUCAACGUGAUUGAUAAAUACUCGAGGAUUAUUUUUCCAGUUACUUUUCUCUUGUUUAAUGCUGGAUAUUGGCUGUUUUAUUUUUUCGAGUGACAGUCGUUCUUACGUCCCUUCUGUCGGUUAUAAAUGUAGAUACAAAAUGGUCCAAAUUAUAUACAGACUUCGAUUUACGUAGAACAUGAGCUUAUGGGUGUUUGUUACAUAUGAUGUCAUGGACGUUUCUGUAUAUAGACCUAUAAUAGUUCAUUCAAAGUAAUUAGUUACGUAAAAAUUAGUUCGUAUUUCAAUAGAUAAGACCGUGAUGUAAAUGUAUUACGUUUACGUUAACAUAAUUUUAUUGGUGUAUAACAAGUGCACGGUCACGCGGACGUACCGAAUUUCCAUAAUGUUUUGGCAAAAACAACAAAACUCUUGAUUAUUCUUUGCUGAGAACAUAUAAUUAGUGUAGGUUUGUGUACUUAUUUAAGAAACCACUACAAAAACCCACUGAUGUAAAGAGAAACGUAAAUUUGUUCUCAUUCUCACAAGUUUAUUUCUGUGUAAUAAAAUACAUAUUUCUCUUUAAUAAGUAAAAUAAAUGCCACAUCGUCAUGCAAAACUAUUUGCACUUGUUAGGAUUCGUUGAGAAGAAAAAGAAUCGCAAUAUUACAAGGCCGUCUAAGAACCUAAUUAAAUUUUAUGGGUGUAAUUAAUUUGAUCGAGCGAUUUGCCAACCACUUUGGCAAGAUAUACGGUACUAAUUUUUAAUUGGUGGUAUUAUAUGGAAUAACUAAUUUUCUACUUUUCAGCACUACAAAUUUCAUAUUUUUGUUAGACUAUUUUAAAAUUAUCUCAACUGGAAAUUCCAAAGUCCAUUCUUAUGAGGAAACUUUUAAAAUAAGUGGAAAUGAGUAAUUUGGAUACAGUCAUCUAUUUGUAAAUUAUGCUAUAAAUAAAUAUUCAAAUUUGUUCUCAUUUAGAUAAGACAAAGAUAAACCUUCUAGUGGAACGAGUAAAUCCAUUAUAAAUAAUAGUUAUUUCAUACAUUUUCUAUAGCAGUUUUACCUCAAUUUUUGUUUUUUCAAACAAUAAAUGUUGUUUUGUUAAAGUCUUUAAAAACAAAUCUGAGUGAUAAGCUUUGCUUUAUAUUUUAAUAAUUCCUUGCCCGUAACAAAAUUUCUCUUUAUAAACUGUUAAGAUGGAAGAAUUAGAACAUUUUUUCUUGGCAGAAAUAGUUUUCCAACCUGUACUUGACCGGAAACAACUGACAGAUCAACAAGAACAGGAGUUAAAGACUGGUACUGCCUGGCCUUACAAAUACAAGUUGAUGAAACAUGAAACCUGUCAUUCGACGACUUUUUGUAUUGUUAUUGCUUCUAAUUGAACGAUAAUGUGGUGUGCUAAUUCGUUCUGUAAGUUGUCUGAACAAAACCUACACUUUUUUAUUAGAGUAAAUAUAUCUUAAAAGUUAAUUUUGUACGGAAUAGAAUUAUGUAUAAUUAAAAUAAUAUUGUUGGCAGCUUGAAAAAUUUUAUUCCUGUUAGUAUAAAUUAUGUAUAAAAAAGAGAAACGAAAGUACCUACUAGUAUUUAAUAAGAUGUUUAAAAAUUAAUCUUGUGACUGUGAAAGAUCAAAAGAGUGUUGAUAGCAUAUUAAAGAUUUAUCCUAACUGUUGAAAUUCUUUAUGUAAUUAAUUAUAAAUCGGUACGUUAGCGUUGAAGAGUUUCAAAUUUUCUGUAAACUGUAAAUAAAACUGCUUUGUAGAUAUCUGUUUAAAAUUUAAGAAUGGUGCAAUAAAUACAUUACA